GCUUCUUUAAAAUAAAUUCGAAGAAAAUCUGAUAAAUGUACUUUCAGACAAAUCCUUCGAAUUCUUUAGGAAAAUGGCAACCGUUCAAAACACUGUUUUUGAAGAGGUGGCGGACAAAAAAGCAGUUUUGGAAAAACUUUUUUACAAAAUAAAUGUACUUGAGAGGAACCUGGAAUAUAGGGAUUUAGCUGAGGUUGAGAGAGAAAGGAUUGAAAAAGAUUUACAAGUUUUGAAGAAAGAGCUGAAAUUGACAGAAGAGACUUUAAAAAGUUUACAUUCAGAAAACAUGGAUGGAUAUGCUGUAGUUUGGAUGGUAUUUCUGUUCCUUGUGUGCGUUUAUGCGCUGAUAAGACUCUCAAGAAUGGCGCACGAGGGAUAAUGAUCAAUUAAUCAAUUUCAUCUUUAAAUGGACUGUCAGUGUUAUUUCAGAGUUGCCAAUGCUAUCUACCCUUUAAACCUUAAUCUGAGUAACAAAAAGAAAUAUAUCAUCGUGUCACCAUCUAGAAAUAUAUCAUCGUGCCACCAUUUAGAAAUAUAUCAUCGUGUCACCAUCUAGAAAUAUAUCAUCGUGUCACCAUCUAGAAAUAUAGAAUUGUGUUCUGACAGUUUCAUUCUUGGUCUCUCCUGUAUAAAUCCGCAAGUCAAUUUUAGAGAAAAGCACAACAACAAAUUUUCAAUUUUUAGUUUUUAGCAAACUAUGAUAUAUUUACUAUUUUUUUGCUCAGACCAAGGGUGCUUUUGUGAAUCAGGCUUGAACCUUUUCCAUUGGAGGGUCAUUCAAAACUAUGCCGAGUCACUCCAAUCAAUGAAUCAAUAUGAAUGAAACAUGUUUCCUAUGCGGGUAUAAUGCAUCAAUGAAUCAAUGAAACAAUGAAUCAAUGAA